GGGGCUCCCGCCAACCACCGCGGGAGGCUGGGCCUCUGCGAAGGCCGCGCCGUGCGACCCCCGGUCCAGACCGGCCCCCGGGGCUCCUGCUCCCGUCCGUCCGGGCUCGUUUGUUUUCCCGGUUUCCCGCGGGAGCCAGCUCUUGAAGGGGCCCAACCGCAGCCAGAGAUUUGCAGGCCUGGCCAACCGGAGGCGAGGGUGGAGCCAGGGUGGGCAGCGCGUGGAGGGCGCUUAGCAAGGGGACCCCGGGGGCAGCAGGGGAGCCCAGCAGAGUGCGGGAGUGCACUGGGCCCUCCCUGCUAGGGCAGGGGCUUUGCCCGCGCCAGCCUCAUCCCACCAGGAGUCCAGCCUCGGCCACCAUGUCCUCCCAUACUGAUCCGGGCUCCUCAGAGCCGCGCGCCAGCUGCCUGGACCUGUGGAGGGACAAGAAUAACCGACUCGUUCGACAGGUCCAGGUAGCUCAGGGCUCUGGUCUGUCUCUGAGGCGGCAGCGGUUGGCUCAAGACACAUUGGAAGGGCUCAGAGAGCUCCUCCACAGCCUGCAGGGGCUCCCUGCGGCUGUCCCUGUUCUACAGUUGGAGCUGACUGUCACCUGCAACUUCGUCAUCCUGAAGGUGAGCCUGGCCCAGAGUUUCACUGAAGAUCAGGCCCAGGAUAUCCAGCGGGGCCUAGAGAGAGUGCUGGAGAUCCAGGAGCAGCCAGGGUCGAGGUUGGAAAGGGAGCCCAUGGAACUGUGGAACUCUGUUCUCCGUGCUUCCUGCCUUGUGCCGGAGUUGCUCCCUGCCUUGCACCAGCUGGUCAGCCUGCAGGCUGCACUCUGGCUGAGUGCUGACCGUCUUCAGGAUCUGGCCCUGCUGCUGCAGGCCCUGAACGGCAGCCAGAGUGGGACCUCUGAGGACCUGCUGCUACUUCUGAAAACCUGGAGGCCCCCAGCUGAGGAAUCGGAUGCUCCACUGACUCUGCAGACUGCCCGAGGCUUGAGGGAUGUUGUUCUGACAGCAUUUGCCUACCGCCAAGGCCUCCAGGAGCUGAACACAGGGAGCCUACCCGAGGCACUGGGCAGCCUCCACGAAGCAGCCUCAGGUCUGUGUUCACGGCCUCUGUUGGCCCAGGUGUAUACGGCGGUGGGGACCUGUCUCCGAAAGAUGGGGCAUCCACAGAGAGCGCUGCUGUACUUGAUUGCAGCCCUGAAAGAGGGAUCAGACUUGGGUCCUCCACUUCUGGAGGCCUCCAGGUUGUAUCGGCAACUGGGGGACACAGCAGCAGAGCUGGAGAGUCUAGAGCUGCUGGUUGAGGCCUUGAGUAUUGCACGCAGUUCUGAAGCCCCUCAGCUUCUCAUUGACGUAGAGUUAUUACUCCCACUUCCUGACGCUGCCUCGCCGCUUCACUGUGGCACACAGAGCCAGGCCAAGCACCUGCUAGCAAGCCGAUGCCUGCAGACAGAGAGGGCAGAAGAUGCUGCAGAGCAUUACUUGGACCUGCUGGCCCUGUUGCUGGACGGCUCAGAGUCAAGGUUCUCCCCGCUCCCCUGCCCCCCAGGGCCCUGUAUGCCUGAGCUGUUCUUGGAGGCCGCGGCAGCGCUGAUCCAGGCCGGCCGAGCCCAGGAUGCUUUAACUGUAUGUGAGGAGCUGCUCAGACGCACGUCAUCUCUGCUUCCCAAGAUGUCUCUGCUGUCGGAAAAUGCCAGGAAAGGAACCAAGGAACUGCCACACUGCCCACUCUGGGUCUCUGCCACCCACCUGCUUCAGGGCCAAGCCUGGGCAAAACUGGGGGCCCAAAAAGAAGCAGUUAGUGAGUUCAGCCGGUGCCUUGAGCUGCUCUUCCGUGCCACGCCUGAGGACAAAGAACAAGGGGCAGCGUCCAACUGCGAGCAGGGGUGUAGGUCUGAUGUGACGCUCCAACAGCUUCGGGCGGCUGCCCUGAUCAGUCGGGGACUGGAAUGGGUAGCAAGUGGCCACGAUGCUAAAGCCCUACAAGACUUCCUCCUCGGUGCGCAGAUGUGCCCAGGUAAUCAAGAUGCUUCCUUUUACCUGCUUCAAACCCUGUGGCGGCUGGAUCGGAGGGAUGAAGCUGCUGCUCUCUGGAGGACGCUGGAGGCCCAAACUAAGUCGCCCCAGGAAGAUGCUACAUGGUCUCUCCCACUCUACCUAGAAACGUGUUUGAGCUGGAUCCGUCCCUCUGAUCGGCAAACCUUCCUCGAAGAGUUUCAGGUGUCUGUGCAAGAGCCUCGUGACGUGUAGCUGUGAGGUUUCAAGAGCUUGAGCUGAGGUCCCAGUGGGCCAUCGCUUUGUGGGGAGGGAGAAUGUGGCUGGAGCUGACUGGCAUUCCUGUGUAACUCCUGAACGAAUGAGGUCGGUGGUAGUCCUGUGAAAUAUGGCCUACUUACUGCCACGCUGGUUCUAGAGGAAGCGUUCCCUGCUACCAACCAAUCACUGACUUUGCUUGUGGCACCUUUAUUCUAGUUCCCCCUUUCUUGUGUUGAGUAAAAUUUCAUAUUUA